CGGGUUUAAAAUGCAAACAGUUUAAUUUUUCAAACCAUUUAAUUCUUUUAAUUAGGAUAAUUGGAAUGCAUUAUCCAAAUUCCUAUAUCUUCUGGGAGCGUGAUGAUGCAACGGAUCCAUACUGACAAACUGCAAGAGGACAACAAUCCUCAAAACAUCCUCUCCACGGAAACAUGGCAUGCGAGAUAAAGCUGCUGGAUUUUCGGUGUGGACAUUUCUUGAAAGACUCUGCCUGCACACAUUUUGAAGGAUUGGAUUUUACGCGUGAUCUCUCUCGUAGGAAUCAAACAAAGCCUGCAGACAAUUCAGCCAUUGAGAUCUCCAUGCUAAGUCUAUCACGUGGCUGCUCUGGCGUUUUAAGGGCCCGUCACAGGGACACCACAGUGGAUGUGACCCUCAACCUGUUGGAUGCUCAAGAGCAGAAAGAUCUUGCCGACCAACUAUGCCAAAGCCUUGGUUGUGGGCAAAAUCACGUUGUGACUGCGACAGAUCGCAGUGGGGUUUGCCUUGCAGAUUGCAUUCUGAAAGAGUCAAAGCUGCACAAUUGCACUACAACUGCAAAAGGCGACUGCACAAAUGCAACCGAAGUCAUCUGCGAACAUCAAGUUGUCAGAUUGGCUGGAGGUCAGGAUCGGUGUGUUGGACGGGUGGAGUUGGUGAACACCGGGCAGUGGGGCACCGUGUGUGAUGAUGAUUUUAAUGACAAAAGUGGAAAUGUAGUUUGUGCCCAAUUGGGCUGUGGAAUUCUGAUAAAAUAUGGCUUUUGGGGGGCUGGUUCUGGGCCUAUCCACAUCAGCAAGAUGAAAUGCAAUGGCACGGAGGAUAACUUAUGGGAAUGCAAUGUCAACAAAUCCAUUCCCAAAGACUACUGUGGACAUAAGGAAGAUGUUGGGAUUGUUUGUUCAGAGAGUACAGUGCUCACAUCCACAACCAGCAACACAACCCCCACAGUGUUCACGAAAUGGACUACAGAGUCAAGCACAGAAGCGGCUGCAGUAACUGGAGCUUCACCGGCAGUCAUUGGCUGUAUCAUUUUAUCUAUUGCUCUGCUUCUGUUAGUUCUGUCAAAUGCUGCGGUCUGUGUGCAUUUCAGAAGAAGAAAAGUAUGUGAGAUUGAGCAACAUCACAGCGAUUCGCAAGAAGAUUACCACCAGUACACAGCAAUGUACAACCCACAACCUACCACUACUGCACAGCGAUACGAAAGUCUUGUCCCAAGACAGAGCUCAAACUAUGGUUCUAGGUUAGAUCAAUCUGCUCACAACUCCAUCUGUUCAUCUGAUUCAGAUCACAACAGGGAUCAAGCACAACAACUUCAUCUACACAACUUACCAGUGAAUGUGGAUGACUCAAGCAGUACAUCAUCGGGAGAAGCCUAUCAUUACACACGUGUCCAACAUGAACCUAGCCAGAAGUUAGGUGAUGGAAUCCCAUCUCAUGUGGAUUCAAUAUCAUUGACACCCUUGGCUACUAGAGGCGCAGAGUUACCCAUCAACUUAUGUCAAGCAAAAUAUCUGAGUGAUUCGAGCAGUACGUCUUCUGGUGAAUUCUAUGAAAACACAACGACUGACGUAGACAACAUUCAAAAAUCACAGGAUGACGAAGCUUCACUUGAAAAGUCCCCAUUGAUGUCCCUGUCUAACUAUAACCAGCACUUGCCACCAAAGAAUCCAAAUGAUUUGCACAGUAUAUCUUCUGGAGAGGUCUAUGAAAACACAGCGGUCGACACAGAUGAUGAUCUCCAGCCUGAAAACGAGGGAAGCCCAUCACUUCCUGAGCAGUCCCUCCAGACACCACAUGACGUUCAGAUGACAGGAAACACUGCUGGUUACGGUGGCACCCACAGUCAAGAUGGUAAUGAUUCAGACAGCACAUCUUCAGACGAGUGCUAUCAAAACAUAGAGCUGGAUGCAGAUGCAUCUCUUCAGUCUGGUAAGGAAAGCCCAGCACCUCCUGAGACAUCACUACAGACGCCCCUAAAUCACCACAGUAUGACAGGAAGUACUGUUGGUUGCGAAGACCAUCACAUACCUAGAAAACUCAGUCAAGAAGCAGAUAGUUGCAGCACAUCAUCUGAGAAUUCCUACGUGAACGUUCCACCAAGAAAUGCGAGUGAUGAUGAAUGUUCUCCAGCAGAAUGUUCUUCAGACAGCGAAUAUGACCAGCCUGAAAACUGGUGAACUCGACGUGAAAACUGGUGGAUAUUUUUUGGAUCGUGUGAAAUAUCGAAAAACUUAACUCUCUUUAUUCUGUGCACAAUGUUGUGCAUUUCUUAUUUAAUGAGAACAAUGCAGCACAAACACUUGGAUGUGGAAUGUCAAGACGUGGAAUGUAAAGAAGCACCUACAAUACCUGAGCCUUUAAAGAC